GGGGUGGGGGAGGGGGGAAGGGAUGCCUAAGUGCAGAUCCAGGUCCUCGCUGUCCCCUGCGUCCCUGCCUCAGUUUCCCCCUUCAGCAGCUAAGGUUAAUUAGCUGACAGGGAAACCAAGAAUCACUGCAGCCUAGCGCUGGUGUUGCUUUCUAUACGUGGCUGUGAGAAAACAGGAUCAGCGCCAAACUCAGCUGGUCCCUUCCCACCGGACCCCCUUUCCACCCAUCCUAGGGACUUAGACCCCCAUGAACACCCCUGAUAAACCGCCAAAGCCCGGUUUGAGGAGAGGGGGAGGGGAUUUGUUUUUCUGAAAAUGGCCAAGGGAAUCCCAGGUUGAGUAGUCCCCAGAGAGGAACCCCAGCUGUGACCUGUCCCACGGAGGCCAAGGAAAGUCCUCCUUCCCUGCAUGUGAACGUGACCUUGUCUGGCAAGUAACGAGGGGGAUUUGUAGACAGCCCUGUUCCUCCCUAUUCCCUCAACUCCUCAGAAAAAUUAGUGUCAGUGCCGGCCCCUCUCUGCCCUCUGCAGACUCCUGCCGGGGGCUUCAGGCCGCCCUAACCCUGGCCCUGUCGCUUCCCUCAACUGAAAGCGUUCGGACGCCUGGGUCCCCACACCCCAUUCAAGCUUUCCUAACGCGGCGCCUGCCUCUCCGCUCAGCUCCCGCCAGGCUCGGCCCCCUCUGCAGCCUCCUGCUCCCCCCUCGCUCGCCCCCCUCCCGCUCUCAUUCUACGUCAUGGGAUGACGUCGGAAGCCGGGCGGGAGGAGGAGCCCCCCUCCCCAGUCAGCGGCUCCCGCUGCAGCUCGCUUAGCCCAGCCUCCCGCUCUCCCGCCCCCCAGCUCUAAAACGAGCCCCCCACGCCUGGCAGGAGCUAUAUAAGGAGGCGUGAGGCAGGCGAGGGGGGCAGCGCAGCCGAGCGGAGCCCAGGAGAGCAGAAAGCGAGCCUGAGCGAGAGACGGGGAAGCACGGAGGAGGAAGCCGCCGGUGCGUCGGGACCGGAGCGCAGGUGCUCGGGCACCCGAGCAGGAAGCUCCGCAGCCGCCGGUCAUGUACCGCUCCACCAAGGGCGCCUCCAAGGCGCGCCGGGACCAGAUCAACGCCGAGAUCCGGAACCUCAAGGAGCUGCUGCCGCUGGCCGAAGCGGACAAGGUCCGGCUGUCCUACCUGCACAUCAUGAGCCUCGCCUGCAUCUACACUCGCAAGGGCGUCUUCUUCUCUGGAGGCACUCCUCUGGCAGGCCCCACGGGGCUUCUCUCAGCUCAGGAGCUUGAGGACAUCGUAGCGGCACUACCUGGCUUUCUGCUUGUGUUCACAGCCGAGGGGAAGUUGCUCUACCUGUCUGAGAGUGUGAGCGAGCAUCUGGGCCACUCCAUGGUGGACCUAGUUGCCCAGGGUGACAGCAUCUACGACAUCAUUGACCCAGCUGACCACCUCACUGUGCGCCAGCAACUCACUCUGCCCUCUGCCCUGGACACUGAUCGCCUCUUCCGCUGCCGCUUCAACACCUCCAAGUCCCUCAGGCGCCAGAGUGCAGGCAACAAACUAGUGCUUAUUCGAGGCCGAUUCCAUGCUCACCCACCUGGGGCCUACUGGGCAGGAAACCCCGUGUUCACAGCUUUCUGUGCCCCACUGGAGCCGAGACCCCGCCCUGGCCCUGGCCCUGGUCCUGCCUCACUCUUCCUGGCCAUGUUCCAGAGCCGUCAUGCUAAAGACCUGGCCCUACUGGACAUCUCUGAGAGUGUCCUAAUCUACCUGGGCUUUGAGCGCAGUGAACUGCUUUGUAAAUCAUGGUAUGGACUGCUGCACCCCGAGGACCUGGCCCACGCUUCUGCUCAACACUACCGCCUGUUGGCUGAGAGUGGAGAUAUUCAGGCAGAGAUGGUGGUGAGACUACAGGCCAAGACUGGAGGCUGGGCAUGGAUUUACUGCCUGCUAUACUCAGAAGGUCCAGAGGGCCCCAUUACUGCCAAUAACUACCCAAUCAGUGACAUGGAAGCCUGGAGUCUCCGCCAGCAGUUGAACUCUGAAGACAACCAGGCAGCUUAUGUCCUGGGCACUCCGACCAUGCUGCCCUCAUUCCCUGAGAACAUUCUCUCCCAGGAACAGUGCUCCAGCACUAACCCACUCUUCACCGCAGCCUUGGGGGCUCCCAGAAGCACUAGCUUCCCCAGUGCUCCUGAACUGAGUGUUGUCUCCGCAUCAGAAGAGCUUCCCCGACCCUCCAAAGAACUGGACUUCAGUUACUUGGCAUUCCCUUCUGGGCCUGAGCCUUCUCUCCAAGCAGAACUGAGCAAGGAUCUCGUAUGCACUCCACCCUACACGCCCCACCAGCCAGGAGGCUGUGCCUUCCUCUUCAGCCUCCAUGAGCCCUUCCAGACCCACUUGCCCGCCCCAUCCAGCACUCUUCAAGAACAGCUGACUCCAAGCACUGCGACCUUCUCUGAUCAGUUGACACCCAGCAGUGCAACCUUCCCAGAUCCACUAACUAGCCCACUGCAAGGCCAGCUGACUGAAACCUCAGCCAGAAGCUACGAAGACCAGUUGACUCCCUGCACCUCUACCUUCCCAGACCAGCUGCUUCCCAGCACAGCCACCUUUCCAGAGCCUGUGGGCAGCCCUGCCCAUGAACAGCUGACUCCUCCCAGCACAGCAUUCCAAGCACACCUGGACAGCCCCAGCCAAACGUUCCCAGAGCAACUGAGCCCCAAUCCUACCAAGACUUACUUCGCCCAGGAGGGAUGCAGUUUUCUCUAUGAGAAGUUGCCCCCAAGUCCUAGCAGCCCUGGUAAUGGGGACUGCACGCUCUUGGCCCUAGCCCAGCUCCGGGGCCCCCUCUCUGUGGAUGUCCCCCUGGUGCCUGAAGGCCUGCUCACACCUGAGGCCUCUCCAGUCAAGCAGAGUUUCUUCCACUACUCUGAAAAGGAACAGAACGAGAUAGACCGUCUCAUUCAGCAGAUUAGCCAAUUGGCUCAAGGCAUGGACAGACCCUUCUCAGCUGAGGCUGGCACUGGUGGACUAGAGCCACUUGGAGGACUGGAGCCCCUGGACUCCAACCUGUCCCUGUCGGGGGCAGGCCCCCCUGUGCUCAGCCUGGACCUGAAACCCUGGAAAUGCCAGGAGUUGGACUUCCUGGCUGACCCUGAUAACAUGUUCCUGGAAGAGACGCCCGUGGAAGACAUCUUCAUGGAUCUCUCUACCCCAGACCCCAAUGAGGAAUGGGGUUCUGGGGAUCCUGAGGCAGAGGGCCCAGGAGGGGCCCCAUCGCCUUGCAACAACCUGUCCCCAGAAGACCACAGCUUCCUGGAGGACCUGGCCACAUAUGAAACCGCCUUUGAGACAGGUGUCUCAGCAUUCCCCUAUGAUGGGUUUACUGAUGAGUUGCAUCAACUCCAGAGCCAAGUUCAAGACAGCUUCCAUGAAGAUGGAAGUGGAGGGGAACCAACGUUUUGAAUAAGUCUGUGACUUAACGUCGUCAAGUAUGGCAUAUUGUCAUCAAGACGUGGAGCCGCUCUCCACCCCCCCCGGGACUGUUGGGGGGAUUCUGGGGGCCAGAGGGGGAUAUAUAUGAUUCCCCAGGCCCUGCAGGAUUUGCGGGGGGAGGUGGGAGGGCAAGGGAGGGGAGCUUCUUUUUAAAAUCAAGAGACUUCCAGCGAUCCCAGUUUCCAUUUCAAUCUGUAUUCACUCGUAGUGAGUUUCCUUGAAUGGGAUUUCAAGCGGAGAAUGGGGGAGUCUCACUUCCCUGCCGCGUUGCCCCAUUGGCCUGGGCCAGUUCUCCACUCCUAGGGGCCAAGCCACCUCUAGGCCUUGGUGGGGGAAAGGCAGGGCCCACCCGGGCCAGCCCGUGCCCUGAGGGGCUCUUGACACCCACGUAGAAUUCUCUACACACCAGUAACGGGAUUUCAAUUCCGAUGGACUCUGCCGCCCUGGCGGCCCUUCCUGUGACUUUUGCACCCCGCGCCUGGGGUGGGGGGUGCGAAGAGACGCUACGUUCCUUUCCGAUGGAGGAAGGCAGACCUGCCGUCACACAUGUGCUUGCACGAGUGCGUGUACCUGGUGCGGGACUCAACCGGCUGCCAGACUGCCUGGGCCUGCCCAGAUGGCCACCUCGUGGUGCUGCGGUGACUUUGUAGCCAACUUUAUAAUAAAGUCCAGUUUGCCUUUUUGGUA